AUGUUAUUUAUCGCGAGGAAAGCUUUGGCCUCGGUGCAUAGUAAGGCAAGUCGUUUGACAGCAAGGGAAGUUCAUUGCCUAAGCUCUAUUUUAUUGUCUCCUCCUCUUGUCUCCCUUGACUUUCCUGAAAAUUGGACUCCUCACUCUGAUCCUCCACCUCCUGUUUCCUUUGAGAGUGUACAGAAGACUCUGGUGAUAGAUGGUAAAGUUAUCGCUGAGGAAAUCAGAACAAAGAUUGUUAAUGAAGUGUGUAAGAUGAAAAAGGCUGUUGGUAAAGUCCCUGGUCUUGCGGUUGUUUUGGUUGGCCAACAAAGAGACUCGCAAACUUAUGUUCGGAACAAAAUUAUAGCUUGUGAAGAAACUGGUAUUAAAUCUGUUUUGGCAGAAUUGCCUGAGGAUUGUACUGAAGAACAAAUUAUUCGUGUAUUGACAAAAUUCAAUGAAGACACGUCCAUUCACGGGGUUCUUGUGCAGCUUCCUUUGCCCCAGCAUCUUGAUGAAGUAAAGAUCUUGAAUAUGGUAAGGUUAGAGAAAGAUGUUGAUGGGUUUCAUCCAUUACAUAUGGGGAAUCUUGCAAUGAGAGGGAGGGAGCCUCUAUUCGUAUCUUGCACUCCUAAGGGCUGUGUGGAGUUGUUGAUCAGAUCAGGUGUUGAAAUAGCAGGGAAAAAUGCUGUGGUGAUUGGAAGAAGCAACAUUGUUGGUCUGCCAAUGUCUUUAUUAUUGCAGAGACAUGACGCUACAGUAAGCACGGUGCAUGCUUUUUCAAAAGAUCCAGAGCACAUUACUAGGGAGGCUGAUAUUGUGGUUGCGGCCGCGGGUAUACCUAAUCUGGUUCGUGGAAGUUGGCUGAAGCCUGGAGCAGUUGUCAUUGAUGUUGGAACAUGUCCAGUUGAGGAUAGUAGCUGUGAGCAUGGUUACCGUCUUGUUGGGGAUGUAUGUUACGAGGAAGCGUUAGGUGUUGCCUCGGCAAUCACUCCUGUACCUGGAGGAGUCGGACCAAUGACGAUCGCCAUGCUACUAUGCAAUACUUUGGAUGCUGCCAAGCGGAUAUCCUUCUGA